GUUUUGCCCUUUUGUUUUCUUUUUUAUUGUCGUCGAUGAAUUAAAACAAAAAUUAUCACUAUUUAGUGUUGCAUAUGAAAAAUGGGAAAUCAAUUGGUCAGUUCGGUCAAAACUGUUAUACGACCAAUCGAUUAUUAUCUGAAUGAAGUACCAGAUUUCAAAUAUAAAUGUUCAUUAGGUCAAACACAAUUUCUUAAAGUUGCUUUAUGUGCCCAUAAUGAAGGUGAUACAGUGGUCAAAGUACUAAGCCAUGAAGAUCCAAGUAUUCUGCUUGAACAAUAUAAAAAAGAUUUAUUAAAUCUAGCUAAAUUGGCAUCGAAAAAUGUAUCGAUUGCAUCAUUUCGUAUUGUUGAAAUUCGUACAAAUUUUGCCUAUAUGGCAAGACAAUUUGUACGAUAUUCAUUAUAUGAUCGGCUAUCUACACGACCAUUUAUGACUGAUAUUGAAAAAGCAUGGAUUGUUUAUCAGAUUUUUCGCUGUAUGCAAUGGUGUCAUGAUUUUAAUAUCUAUCAUGGUGAUCUUAAAUUGGAAAAUAUUCUUGUCACUUCCAAUUUAUGGGUAAUCAUUAGUGAUUUUGCAUCUUAUAAACCGAUACGAUUACCUGAAGAUAAUCCAACAUUUUUCAAUUAUUUUUUCGAUACAUCACGUCGUCGUUGUUGUAAUAUUGCACCCGAACGUUUUAUAUCAUCAUCAUCGAAUCAUCAAAAUAAUAAUAAUAAUAAUAACCAAACUGACAGUAUGGGUACAUCAUAUAUACAACAACAGAAUACAAACAUUUUCAAUCUAUUCUUACAAGAAGGACAAUUGACGCCGAAAAUGGAUAUGUUUAGUUUAGGCUGUAUUCUAGCUGAAAUAUAUUCCGAUAAUAAUCUAUUCGAUUUGAGCGCUAUACUUAAUUAUAAAGAUAAACGUGUUGCCGAUAGCCACGUAGAAGAAUCAUUAGAACGUAUACAAAAUGAAACAAUGCGUAAUGUUGUAAGAAAUCUAAUUAAUAUUGAUCCACAACAACGAUAUUCAUGUGAACAAGUUUUAAUGGAACUUGAAAAUGGAUUUUUUCCAACUUAUUUCAAUGAACUUUAUUCAUUGAUGGAUAAUCUUAUACGUUUACCACCGGAUGCAAAAGUGCUAUACCUUUUACAGGAUAUUGAUUAUUAUCUAAAUCUAAUCAAUCAGGAAAAUGCAAAAGGAACAUUAAUAUUAUUAAUGGCAUUAACAUCAUCAAUUCGUAGUCUGAAACAUAUAUUCUGUAAGAUUGAAGCACAACGUCUUGUAUGUAGAAUGGCCAUGUCAUCACCGAUUUUAUCACCAUUCAUUAUUGAUCGUUUAAUUCCAUAUCUAGUGCAUGGCCUGACCGAUUCUGAUCAUCGGGUACGUGGUGAAUCAAUCGAUUCAAUUACCCAAUUAUUAGAAUAUGUUGUACGACUUCCAUCCAGUGAUAAUAAUCUAUUUACCGAUUAUCUUAUGGAAAAAUUUCAGAAAUGCAUUGCCAAUGAAAAGAAUACAUUUGUACGAAUCUGUAUGGCAAGAAAUAUUGGUCGUUUAUCGAAAAUUGCGUUAGAUUUUCUCAAUCAAUACUGUGAUCACAAUUAUGAUGAAGAAUUGAAUUUAUUGCAUAAAUAUUUCCAGAAUUUAGUAUCGAUUCUAAUUACUGAUCCAAAUAAUUGUGUACGACGUGUACUGUUAUUAACACCACAGAAUUGUUCACAAUUAUGUACAUUUUUUGGUCGACAAAAAACCAAUGAUGUUAUACUUAGCCAUAUAAUUACAUUUCUAAAUGAUAAAAAUGAUUUCAAGUUACGAAUAUCAUUCUUUGAUAAUAUUGUCAUUAUUGCCUCCUAUUUGGGCGUACAAUGUUCAGCCAUAUUACAUCCAUUAUUACAACAUGGUCUUUGUGAUGUUGAAGAAAUUAUUAUUGCCAAAACAAUUACAUCGAUCGCUUAUCUUGUUGAACAAGGUUUAAUCGCUAAAAAUGUUAUAAUUGAAUUAUUAAGAGAAAUAAUGCCAUUAAUAUAUCAUCCAAAUCGUUGGAUUACAAAUGCCAUAAUACAUUUUCUUGGUAAUUUACAAUCACAUUUACCAAUGGUAGAUUUGAAUACAAAAGUAUUGCCAAUAUUAACUGCAUUCUUUAAGCUAAAUGUAAAAUGUUUUACCGUACAAUUAUUUCAUCGUCGUUCAGUGGAACAACCGAUUCCAAGACCAAUAUAUGAAGCAAUUCUUAUGGCAAAAGAUCAAGAAGUAAUGAUUUCAUUUUUCAAUCUUUUGGAGAAAAAAUUAUCAUAUCCUGAUUAUGAUAUAUCAUUAUUGAAACAUAAUACAAUCUAUAAACGUCUUUUGGCUGAUAAUAUGACACCAAUUAUUGAACAACAAUUAUUUGCAUUAAGAGAUUUAUUCAUUAAAAUCUAUCGUAAUAAACGUAAUUAUCAAGCAAUGAUUCGAGAUUCCGAAACAUUAACCAAUUUUAUACAUCGUAAACAUUAUGAUAUGGUACGUGUACAUGAAGUACAAUUAUGUCAAUCAAAUCAAUUCUAUGAUCAAACGAGUAAUGGUGAUGGUGAUGAAACGGCAUCAAGUGCCAAUCAAGAAUGGUUACAUAUGUUUGGACCAAAUAAUAAUAAUAAUAAUGUUCAUAAAAUGGAUUUAAUGAUGUCACCAUCACAUCAACAACAAUAUGCAACAAUAUAUACGAAUCGAAAAAAUGAAUCAAGAUUAAGGCCACAUGAAAUUAAAGAUUUUGAACUAUUAUUCUAUGAAUGUCCACCAUAUAUACGUGAUAUACAAUUGUUGGAACAACACAAAAAGAAUAAUUUUAUUCCAUUUACACCUGUUAUGGCUAAAUACACAUCGCCAAUGAUAAGACCAAUGGGUUAUCUUGUUGCACAUCUUUAUGAACAUAAAUCCAGUGUUAAUCAGAUGACUGCUAUUUCGAAAACAAAUAUGUUUGUCACAUGUUCAGAUGAUGGUUCAAUUCGUCUUUGGGAUCUUUGUGAUGAUCCAUCCAGAUAUGUAAUUAGUCGAUCUCGAUUUCAAUUUCGGCUAGAAUUUCAGAAUGGAUCACCGGUUAAUUUUAAAGGCAUCGUAAAUUGUGGCCCAUUUAUUAUUGCCUAUUCAAAUGAUUGUCAAUUACAUGUGUUUGAAAUAAGUGAAUCACAAUUAGAAUUGACCUGUGCAUUCAAAGUUGGUUCAUUAAGAGCAUCUGUACCGUUUCUAAUAACAUCGAUUUGUACGUUAAGCGAAACAAUGUUUGCCUUGUCAUUAUCUGAUUCAUGGAUCUAUGUUUAUGAUACACGUUAUUUUUAUACACCUUUUUUUAAUGUACCCGUCAUGAAAAUGUCGGUGCCACCAUCACAUCGUGUCAUCACAGCUAUCGAUGGUGAUCCAUUAGCAUUGUUUGCUGCAACAGCUUUAGGUUUCAUUUGUGGUUUAGAUUUACGAUUUCAAUUGAAAAUUUUUAAUGUUGUUUAUAAUUCACGUGAACCAACACGAAUCGCUCAACUGAAACAUACACCAAUUGGCCUUUUUACUUCAGUCUUUGGAAACUAUGAUGUCACACAUUGGGAUCUGAAUCUUUUAUCAAAAAAUCGAAUAUUAACGGCAUCGAAUAGUAUGAAAACAUCUGAGCAAUCAUUAUCAUCGUCUGGUGCUGUUGUUAAUGCCAUAUUGCCAUUAAUGACACAAACAUCUACACAGGCAAUAAUUGCAGCAGGUUCUGAUAUGAAAAUUCGUUAUUGGGAUCUUAUGAAUCCAGAACAAAGUUACAUUAUAAGUGAUCCAAUAUAUAAAGCAUGUAAUUAUUGUUAUAUAAAUAAAUCAUUACCAACGCUUACAAAACAACAACAACAACAACAUUCACCACGUCAUCCACCUAUAUGUUCGAUGGAUUCCGGUUAUCAUGUACAACAGUCAUCAGCAACAUCUUCAAUAAAAAUACCCGCAUCAUCAUCAGCAUCAUCAACAUUUAAUAUAAUGUCAUCAAACAUAUCAUCAGCAUUAUCAUCGACAUCAUCAACAACAACUAUAGCCGGAACAGGAGUUGGAUCUUCUCGCAUUAGUACAAUUGGUUCUAGUGGAUAUUCAUCAACAUUUUCAACAUUAUUAUCAUCACCAAUAGCAGCAACAGCGACAACAACCACAACAACAACAUCAUCAUCAUCAUCAACAACAGCAACAGCAUCAUCUACAUUAACAUCCUCUGGGGCAAUAGGAAAUAAUAUUGGUAGUAGUAGCAAUAAUAAUAAUAAUAAUAAUUUAUUACCAUUAACAACAUACCAAGAAAUUAUCCAGGAAGAUGGUAUAUUUCGUGUUAUUGAAAUGGAAACAUCAACAAUGAAUAAAUAUUAUCAGGAACAACAUCAUUGUCCAAUGGAUCAACAAUUAAUGUCAUUUGCACAUCAAGAUUCAAUUACAGAUUUAAUCAAUGUUAAUCAAUAUCUAGUAUCUUGUGGUCGUAAUGGUGCCGUUAAAGUUUGGCGAUAAUAAUUCAUAUAUAUUCGUUUUCGUAUAUUAUAUAUGUU